UGCGCGUUCGCCGCGGGCGUCGCCGUCGGCGCAGCGCGCCGCUCUCGCCGCGCGCCCAGGGGGCAGGCGGCGGUGCGCCCGCGGUCUGCCGGGCAGGUCGUCCGCGGUGGAGGGGCGGGGGGGGUUGGAGGGCACCCUCCUACCCCCACCCCUCCCGAAGGAGAAGGAGGAGGAGGAGCAGGAGGAGCAGGAGGACGGUGAGAGGGGAAGCGAGGAAGGCGCGCGCCCCCGAUCACACCUCCCAUAUUCUGUCGUGCACUCCCGCCGCGCGGUCGGCAGCGGGUCUGGAGUCGCAUUUGCACGCUGCUACUGCUCGCGGCCCAAUGCCACGACGGACCCACCGGAUGUCAAAUCGGCUUGUACCGGGAGAAAACUGCUGUCGGUGGCGGCAGGAGCAUCGCGAGGCGGCCCGACGCCGUGCAGGGCCUUCCAGGAGCGGAGGCGUCUGAGGCCGCGCGCGGCGCCCCCCCGCGCAGCGAGCGCGGACAGCAGCAGCACGCAAGGUGCAAGGCCUCGACACCACACGUGUGGGGGAGGCGCUGCCGCUCCCUGCGAGAGGUGGUAGGGCCGGGCCCAGGGGGAGCUAGGAGGCAAC